AUGGCUGGUGACUGGACUGUUGACCCUGAUACGAGACGGAAGUUGCUUCAAUUGCAAAAGACCGGUGCUAAUAAGCGCUGCUUUGACUGUGACGCUCCAAACCCACAAUGGGCGUCACCAAAGUUUGGUAUCUUCAUAUGUUUGGAGUGUGCUGGUGUCCACCGUGGACUCGGUGUUCACAUCUCCUUUGUGAGAUCAAUCACCAUGGAUCAGUUCAAGCCAGAAGAGGUUAAGAGAAUGGAGCUCGGCGGUAAUGAGAAGUGUGCCAGCUACCUCUCUUCCAACGGUGUUGAUCUCAAGAGCGAUCCAAAGGUGAAGUUUGACAACAUCGUUGCUGAAGAUUACAAGGAGAAACUGACAUGCGAGGUUGAAGGUAAGGAGUUCACUCCAAGAGACUACUCCAAUUUGAAAUUGGAUGAGGCAAAGAGCGCGUCUAAUGGGUCAGCAUCGAUAACUACAAACAGCACGGCAUCUGCUGCUGCCACGUCAAAGAACAACACACCGAUCGUAUCACGCAAGGGGACCCCAUCUUCGUUGCCUGCUAAUAAGAAGGCUCAAAACGAGGCUUACUUCGCUGAUUUGGGUGCUAAGAAUGAUUCAAGACCAGAUCACUUACCACCGUCACAAGGUGGUAAGUUCCAAGGUUUUGGUAACACUCCACAACCUACACAGUCUAGUGGAGGCUCACUUGCUGGAUUCACCAUGGAUAAUUUCCAAAGGGAUCCUAUGGGUACUUUUUCCAAAGGGUGGUCCUUGUUCUCCUCGACCGUGUCGAAAUCACUGGAAGAGGUGAACGAAACUGUGGUCAAACCUGGUAUUCAACAGUUGACGUCUAGUGAAUUGAGCGCAGAGGCCAAGAGAGCAGCUGCUCAAUUUGGUCAGAAGUUCCAGGAAACGAGUCAAUAUGGAUUCGAAGCGUUCAACAGGUUGAGCGUAAGUGGAGUCCAAGCAGGGGGCGAUGCUGGUGGUAAAUAUGGCCAACUCUUUGAUGGAUUGGGUGAAGAGAACAGUAACGAGGAAAUUAAACCUGCGUUUGGAUUAGAGCGUCCAAAGCAAAAGACCAAAUUGCAAAGUAUAUCCAGCAAGAAAGUUACUAAACCAGAAGAGGAACAAUGGGAUAAUUUCUAA